CAAUCGGGUGCUUUUGUCCUUCUUACUCGCGUCAUUUGCGUUAGCUCUAGUGCUACUUUCCAACAUGUCGGCUGUGUGUGUGCUCCCCAUGUGUUUACGGGCGAGCCGGGGCCUCCUUCGGCUCAGGAGCGCGGCGGCGGGUGCCUCCGCCCCAGCCAUGGUGGACGUCAUCCGGACAUUGUCCACGGACAAGCCGCCGGCCGCAGCGGGGAGUGCGACGGGCGGGUUAGCUCAGGCGAUCCUCCAGGAGAGACUCCAGCAGCAGCAGCAGCCGACACAGGGUCAGCCUCCUCCAGAGGGAGGGGAGGGCGAGAGGGAGGGAGAGAAGGCCGAGGACAGGAAGCAGAAGGAGAACACGGCCUACGCCAAGAAGAUGGUGCUGCGGUUGGCGGGAUUCAUGGGAGUCGGCGGCGCGGUCGCCAUCGUUUAUAUAUUCGGCACAAAUUCAGUGGAUGAACAAGGAAACACAAUUCCAGAUGAGUUCGACAAAGACCCUCCAGUCAUCCAACAGUUACGAAGAACCUACAAAUACUUUAAGGACUACAGACAGAUGAUCAUCGAGCCAACGAGCCCAAAGCUGCUGCCCGACCCCCUGAAGGAGCCGUACUACCAGCCUCCUUACACGCUGGUGCUGGAGCUCACCGACGUCCUGCUGCACCCAGAGUGGUCGUUGGCAACGGGUUGGCGCUUUAAGAAACGUCCGGGCAUUGAUUACCUGUUCCAGCAGGUGGCGCCGCUCUACGAGAUCGUCAUCUUCACCGCAGAGACUGGCAUGACGGCGUAUCCUCUGAUCGACAGCAUCGACCCUCAGGGUUUCGUCAUGUACCGUCUCUUUAGAGACGCAACACGUUACGUGGAGGGACAUCAUAUCAAGGACGUCUCGUGUCUGAACCGCGACAGCAGUAAGGUCAUCGUGGUGGACUGUAAGCGGGAGGCGUUCAGCCUGCAGCCUUUCAACGGCCUGGCUCUGAAGAAAUGGGACGGAAACUCUGAGGACCGAACGCUCUACGACCUCGCCAACUUCCUCAAGACCAUCGCUAUGAGCGGCGUGGAUGACGUGCGUUCGGUGUUGGAGAACUAUGCGCUGGAGGAAGACCCCAUCGAGGCCUUCAAGCGCCGACAGGCUCAGCUGGCACAGGAGGAGGAGCAGCGUCUGUCCGAGCUCUCCCAGCAGAAGAAACAGGGACUCUCAAUCGGCUCCAUCGCCUCACGGUUUUGGCGCUCCAAGCAGCAGUGAGCCCCGCCCCCUCCUCGCUUUCAACCCAUCACUUGUCCAAGGUGAGAGGAG